AUGGACGUACUGGCUUCACCAACAGCCCGCAUCCGUCCUAAUGUUGCAGACGAUCCGAACUUCAACCUCGUUCCACGGAGCACUCUUUACAGGCUCCAGCUAUUCAUGAUGGACAUCGCGAGUCCAUGGUCACGAUUCUGCCUCGAUGCCGCAGGCCUGAUAGCUCUUGCUGACAUCAACACCGUCGCCCGGCGAACAGUCCUGACAGGCAACUCUACCUGGCUUGACAUCUUCGUCUUAUGUCCUGGCAUGCACAAACAGCAGAACGCUACAGAUCUCAAUCGUGGCGAGUACCCUGCCUGUGCCGCCAUGACGACGGGUUAUGUCUUCCGUGUUGAGAACCCUGCCGCGGUCUGCUUCUUGCAGAGGGUCGGGCGAACAGGUCAUCUGACGACCUUGAAUGUCGAGGAGCUUCCGGCCAUGUCGUGGUGGCAGAAGACUAUGCACUCCUUCUUCGAUCUCAAUACAACAAGUCUGGUGUCGAUCACAAUGUACGUCUUAGCAACUGGACUAACGUUGUUGGCUCUCCUUGGUCUCUUCCACCUGCGCGACGUCUGGGGAUGUACAGCGAUCCUGAUAUACAUUCUCAUCCGAGCUAUAAACGUGUACAUCAUACGUGCUCGCGCCAGUGUAGACUGGAAGGGAGCCAAAGAGGACAACGAGGCUGGUAGUCUGAUGAUACUUCUGAGCCAAGAUCGCUGGAUCAGGAUGAAAGGCUCCGUUUCAGACCUCAAGGCUGUGACGUCUGGACAAUGGCUUCGAGAUGUGACGGCCACCGAAGACUCUCUCUCUAACUGCUCUACCUUGCUGAUAUAUCUGAACGUCAUCGUUGCGGUAAAUGCGGAGCACCACAGCAAAAUGCUCCUCAUUGUCUUGCUUUUGUGUUCAGCGGCAUUGCUUGGCAUAGCAAACCUUUCCGUGGAAAGUACUGGCUCCUUUACCAUGGCUGGAAGGGCCAUCAAGACCAGUGGAAAGCCCAAGAAGUACGAAAGGAGGCUUCAUAUGGCGGAAGAACUCAUCAAAGAGACUAAUCGACGUGAUUGGGCAGAGGGGCUUGGAAUGGUCAAGCCUGAAUCUGGUCACUACACUGGUCAGCCUACUAUGUAG